CAGGAGAGGGCAGCGGCUUUGGAGGCCCAGCGGGAGCGACGACUUAGCGGAAGCGACCGCGAGCGGAGGACCAGUGAGACAGAGAGGGAACGGAAAGCGAGCAUCGGCAAAAAGGGCGGAAAGCCCCCGAAACAUCUACACAUGAUGAUGCUGUCCGUAUUCUGCGUUCUGAGUAUAAUGUCCGGAGUAUAUUGUGCCUCGCUGACAGGGGAGACGACUGUGAAUAUAGUUGUGUUUGUGCCCAAGAGUUAUCCCUACAACAACUCGACGGUGAUCUGCGCGAAAGACAAGACCUUAAAGGUCAUCAAUGCAGAGAGCGUCAAUUGGUUUGUGUCAAACGAACCCAUUCUUCACAAGUUGAACUCCACCCUGUGUAACGACGUGACCUGCAAACACACGUGUGACGAGAACACAGGGGAGUGCAUAUUUCGUCAUGGAUACCAGAAGAACGCGCGCGGUGACUGCAUAGACAUCAAUGAAUGCCACACGGGACAAAUGCAGUGCCCAAACCCAAAUCGGGCUGCCUGAACUCGGAGGGCUCGUACGAGUGUCUGUGCUCCGAGAAAAGCAACCUGUACUGGUAUCAGGGGCAGUGCCUGGACUGCUCGGACCCAUGUCCUCAGGGGCUGUACGAGUAUCAGCCAUGUAACCAGGCGCAGGGACUUCCCCGGAUAUGCAGAAACUGUACUCAGUUUUGCGGAUCGAACUUCUACGUAAAGGAGCCCUGUACUGCACGUAAAGAUGCCGUCUGCUUGAUGUGCCAACCGAAAUGUAACGGAAGUCGCGAGUUCGAGUACAAACAAUGCAGCUCCAUGCAGAACAGAGAAUGUAAAGACAAAUCCAAUUUGCGGAUGCCGAGCGUCACCGGAAACGUGGUUCUGGACGACAGAGACACUUCCGGCGUCUCCCAGGACAAUCUGUACACGUCGUUCGCAUACAAUCCCGUAAAGAACAACCAACUCAGCUUUCUGCUAAAGAAAGGGGUGGCGGGUCUGGGAUCAGAGAUCUGGGUGGACAUUACGCUCCUGGACGCCCAGCCCGUGAUGAUGUUCCGACCCGUGGACCACUCCCGCGUGUUCACCCCCGGGGAGUUCCCGUGACCCGGGCAAAUCCUCAAGAAAUACUGCCCCUACCCCCUGCCUUAUCAGUAUGAGUACAAGUUCAUCAAACAUAAUAACGUUUACUACAAAGGGGACACCAGUGACGGACUGAACACUCUGAAGCCGUGCGACAGCAAACCGGAGAGCUUCCCGAACGUGACCGAGGCCCGCCGCAACUCGAUAUUCUGUACGAAGCCCGGCAUCCUCAGUGACGCCUUCUAUGGGAUCAAUCCCGAGGACUACCGAACCACACAGUCAGUCUGGGAGGAGUACUCGGAGAGGUGCCGCCGACUGCACGAAAACUGCGAGUCGUGUUCCAAGAAUUGCUCCAAGCUACUUCCGCUGGACACCAGGCCGGAGUGCCGCGUCUCCGUCGCCGACGGCACGGGGGACUCUCCCCGACUCCCGGCUUGCUACUCGUGCUGUAUGAAGACCAGCUGUACCGACCCGUGCCGGACAUACCACAACCACCAAUGCCCGAUGGUCAGAUGCCAGGUCGGUAACCUGGUCCAGUUCCAGCUGGUUCCGGUGUACCAGAACGCGGACACGUACUACUGCCACGUGGAGCCAGCCACCGACCAUCGCAUCCUCACCCUCGAGUACAGCGUCAUCAUCGGCACCCAGGGGAAGAUAUUCCUUAAGAAGCGGCUCGACGUCCUCACUGACGGGGAGUGGGUGAAAAAAGGGCGACUUAGAAAAAGCGAUGCGAUCAUUUACGUGGAGCUCGAUUCCCUGAUUCGUGACCAGCCGAACCUCGUGACGGUACGUCAGGUCAGCCCAGACCGGGUAUUCGUGGACGUAGGUCACUACCGGGCCCAGGGCGUGGCCCUUAGCUCCAGCGUCAUCAGCGAGGACUCCGCGUUCAUUCGGCCCGUAAAACCGUUUGGAAUCAGUCAGAAACUUUUCGCCCAAAGGAACUGUGAGGAUACUGAUCUGGAUGGCAUCAUUGUCGGCAAGGACCUCCAAGAUCCGAACAAUGUUCUGCGUGACCUCGUGCCAAUCAAUCUCGGUAACGGGACGUUCCAGGUGUCCAACAAGACCUCGAGCACAGCCAUGGUGGGUAUCAACCCACACUCAUCCAUCCUCAAGGCGAUAUUCAAGCCGACGAAGGUCGAUGUGACGGCCAGUAUGACCAUGAACGGAACCCAUUGGAUCAUCACGAUAUUGGGGCGGGUGGAGAGCUGCCCAGGUGUGUUCAGCCUGAACGUGUCGGACUACAGCUACCUGGAGCACCCCUGGUACCAGUAUGACGUCGCCGUCCAGUGCCCCAACACGUUCAGUGUUAACGUGUCCGUGCCCAGAGGCGACCCCCGCUCCCUGUCUAAGGACGUGCAGGUCCUCGUGCGGGACGUAGAGGGCGUCAAGAUCCUCGUCGUCCACACCGUGGGUCUGCAAGAAGACUUCUCCUCAUACACGAGUCAUACUGAGCCAUCAGAAAAGUCAGAACUUGAGAAACAAGUUGCCAAAGACAAAGAGAAGACACACCCAGCGCAUUUCUCCAUUCUGUUUAUUGCGGUUGUCGCUGGGGCAGUGGUCCUUCUCCUGUUUCUUUUGUGCUUCGGCGUUGCCUGGGAACAAGGAAUCCCGGCCGGCAAGUUUCAGGGGUUCCGAGUGCGUCACCUGGUGCUGCUGGUUAUCUACAUCACCUUCCAGUUCCUGUACGCGUUGAUGGUAACCAUGACCGUGUUCGUGCUCAUCGUGCAAGCGGUCAACAGAGAUACGACGACGUUCAUCCGCCAGUACAAUCAGCAGAGGUCAGUGACCAAUGCCCUGAGCCAUCUGGAGCUGGAUGCCAUGGAGACACAUCUGUGGGCGGAGCUUGGGCGGCAGAACGCGAAAACAAAGGAACAGAAACAGGCGUGCUAUUCAGUGAUUCAGACCGUCAUUCAGGACGUGGAAAAGCUUCGUCAGUCAAUAGAAACGAAGUCAAUCAACGCGAUGCAGAAACAGAAUCUGAAGACGCUGAUACAGGACCAGUCGAAGACAUCACUGGAUAGGUUUGCUGCGGACCUGUUGGAGUUCAGGAAGAAGUAUUCAAAGUACGAGGAGUACAUCCUACAUAAGUUGUCCACUGAGCUGAACAACACGUACGCCAGCAUCUCGAACUCCAAAUGGCUGCAGGGAGCCCAGUUCCUGUACCGCUACGUACAGAUCAGCAAGGAGCUACUGGGCGAGAAGAAUCUCGUACCGUGGAUGAACUGGGUCAACAUGCAGACCGACAUGAGGAGCCUUGUGGAAGGACUUACGCUACCUCUCCCCGACCUCCCCGUCCUGACGAAGGACAGCCCCGACUUGACCAACAGGUUCACGCCUCAGCAGCAGCCCUUGAGGUCAGCACCCCUCUCCGUUCAGACCAUCAACAAAUGGGCAGUCCAGUCCGAUAUGGCUCCAAACUCGGCCAACAGGACUAGAAACGGUCGCGAAGAUACCCAGAGGAAGGUGACGACAUUUGAUAUUGGCAGUUAUAAAAUAUUCGUGGUGUGUAUGGUCAUCAUAGACGUUCUAUGGCUGACCCAUCGCAUCGUGAAGGCGUGCGGGAUUGGCAAGCUGAUCCUCUAUGGCUACCCCGUCUAUAUGGACGUGCGGGAAACAAAAGGCGAAAAGAAGGAAAACAAAACUCCGCUCAUGAAGACUGUAAGAGAUCUCCUGACACGAGUGUUGGCGAAGAUGUUCAUACCCAAGCUGAUAGGAACGUUGUUUGUGUGCCUGAUGGUGUACUUUGUGACGAUUUGUGCGGACAAGUUUAUCAACAGGAACUCCUUCAAGCUCUUUGGCUACUACAACGAUAUGGAGGUCAUUAUGAAGAUCAACCAAGACGCCAUUAACGUCCGUAUCCGUUCUCAUGCGGACCGGAUCAACCACAUGGAGUUUAAGAUGUAUGAGGAGGCCAUGAAUGUGAACGUCAAGAACCACCAGUACGUGCUGAACCUGAUACAGACGCAGUGGGGCGCCAUUGAGCGCGCGCACUCCCGGAUGUACUGCGAGUAUCUGCACAUGCUUAACGUGUCGGCGGUCUGCAAUGAGGUACCAGGAGACGACUCCCUGGCGGAAGUGAGGUCCGAUCGCUGCACGUUUCCGCCGGUCAUGCCGAACCUGUAUCAACGGAAUGCCACGGAAGCAGCUCGGAUAGCCGGCGCUCAGUUGGACGGGUUUCUGUUCAAUAUUCGCAAGCUGGUGUUUGACACGUGCUACAUCAUCAUCAUAUACCUGUCUGGUAUCGUCAUCAAGGAGCUGCUGUGUGCAGUCCUCUGGAUUUAUGUUAAGAGGUCGGGCUUCAUGAGUUUGCGGAUAAUUUACGAGACGGACGAGGUGCCUGGAUCAUCGGAUACCUCCACCUUAAACAAGACAUGAACACAACGGUGUGCUUAAUGUUUAUAAUGUUAUGUAAUUAGGAUGACAUUGAUACAUAUUCAUCCGCCAUCGGUUUCAUAGACACAGCGUGGAAUUAUGCAGAGCUUUGAUGGCUAUGCAUGGAUAGUGUUUGCAAUGCAAGGAGCUUGGCUAAUAUUGUUUCAAUAUGACUACAAAGGUCUCUGUGUGAACGGAUCUAUUAAUAUUGUUUGUGAGACAUUAACCUAUCUUGCAGCAUAAUUUACAAAUACACAGCGUUCUUUGGCGCUGAUUGCAUUAUUGAAAACGAAUAGCCUUGCAAUUUAAGGUACUUUAAAAUUUCCACAGUGAUACCAUAUUGGAACUUAACAGCGUGUGAAUUGCGGAAAAUGUACAAGUUUUCAGUGUUCAGCGCUUCAUGUGACAGAUGAAUACAAUAAACAUUUAUCUUCUGCUUUGAAGUGCUAUAAUUUUGACGAAAACGUGUUGCUAUUGUACAUAUAUGCACUUUUAUUACAUUAUGUGUUAUUACUGUUAUCGUUGUUAAAGUGUAAUAGCUAAACAUGCACUAUUAAUUUCUUGAAACUUAGAUAAAUAGCUCAUUUGUUAAUUGUCUAAAAUGUUUACAUAGACUGUUUUAUGUUAUGCUUCAUAGUAUGUUUAAGUUCUGAUGAGCUUUAUAGAGAAAUUAUUUUGGCGGUCCUUUUAGUUCAUAUUAUACUCCUUCUAGAACAAACUCAUUUGUCUAACGAUUUUUGUAUGCUGAUUGAUGUAUAAAAUAUAUUAUUUUUUUCAUAUUUAAGGAAUGAAAACUUCUGGUUUGAAAUCAUGCUGAUACAUCUUCAAAGUUGGCUUGAAUAUUGUGUUUUAUUAUUUAUUAUACUUGUUUCACCAGUUGAGUAAUAUUAUCUAAAUUACGUUUAUUUGCAUGAACAUAUAGCUCGAAGAACAUUUCGAUUUUUCAUUUCCAACUGUUUUUUUAAGGUAUUCAGUAUAGUGCAAUUUUAUUUAUAAUAGAAGUUAAACGUUCUUAAAAUUUUUCAUCUUUGUGUCAAUAUGUCGUGACAGAUUUUUUUGUAAUUUUAUUUGCAUAGCGUGCAUUUACUUUUUGCAUUACUAAUGGGUCGUAAAGUAUAUUAUGCGAUACAAGAAGUCACGUGGCCGACAUUGUUGGUCCUUUACUUAUAAUUUUAAAUUGUAUAGAAUUGUUAAUAUACACGUUAUGCAAAGGCAGUUGUCGUCAUAACUUUAUUUUUUUAUCGCAUUAUGCGAAACUGGGUCUUAUAUCAUAUGCGGCCAGAGAAGACUUUGAUCAGGCUGCGAAUGGAUAAGACCCAUCUUCGCACGUCGCGGCACAAUUAAUUAGGGCACGACAUCUUAACACCAAUUGUUUUUAUACUUUAGUCUAACAAUGGACUGUUCUUUAAUGGAUCUUUUUCAUGUAUUGGAUAUGUGUAAUUUUAACAAUCAUUUAUUCAUUUUACGUUAUAAUUUCAAAUGCCUGUUUUAUUAAAAAGAAAAUGUGUAAGUCACGUCGCACUUGCGUCAGAUAUACAACCUUUUAAAUUUUUGCUUCGUUUUAGUAUUUGUGUGAUCUCAGUAUCAUAAUUAUUUUCAUGUUCAUAACUCGUGAAGUGUUCAUAAUAAUGCUGAUAAACCAUUAGGCAUAUGAAAUAAUAAAAUACUGUCAUGUUUGAGU